GUGUUUGUAUGUGCACUGCAAUUGUGUAUACAUACAUACAUAUAUUUGUGUGUUUGUGCUGGUGUGAAUUUUUACAAUUGCGUGUGUACGUGUGUAUGUGCAUCCAUGUGCACGUAUAUCUGUGUAAGUUUCAUUAAAUUUAUCUAUAUUUGUAUAUGUAUGUAUGCGUUCAUGUGUGGGCGUGUAUGUGAGUAUUUGUGUGUUUGUGUGUAUUUGUGUAUAUGUGUAUUUCUGUGCUUGUGUGUUAGUAUUCUGUGCGUUAUGUGUGCGUAUGUGUGCGGUAUGUGUGCGUAUGUGUGCGUGCGCGUGUGUGUGUGUGUAUGUGUG